AUGCGCAGAAUGUCUACUAUAACUGUUGCAACCCUUCCCCGAUUAUCCUCAAAAGCUCUUUCAGAUAUCAUUCUUUCUCACGCUUCUUCAAACCUCGAUGCACUUUCUACACCGCAGAAUCUAGCUAUUAUUGAUGUGCGCGAUGAUGAUCACAUUGGCGGUCACAUCAAACAUUCUACCCACGUCCCAUCCUCCACCCUUGACUACAAGAUCCCGGAACUAGUUCGAAAGCUCAAAGAUAAAGAUACGGUUGUGUUUCAUUGUGCCUUGAGCCAGCAGCGAGGUCCCAGUGCCGCCUUGAGAUAUAUACGCGAAAGGGAGAGGAUUAUGGGCGUGGGCGCCGGAGUCGUGGGAGCAGCUAUGAAGAAGAACAAAGAGCAAACGGAGAAGAAAGUUGAUGACGAGGAAUGGGAGGAUGUUGAAGAUGGUUCCGAUAAAAAAGAACAAAAGGUCUAUGUGCUAGACAGGGGCUUCGUUGGGUGGCAAGAGGUAUAUGGUGAAGAUUCACGUUUGACCGAAGGGUAUAGGAAGGAGAUUUGGCAGGAUGGCUAUUGA